CCAAGGUACUUGGAUAAAUGUUUUUGGUGAUGGUCUUAUCUAUUUCAAAUGCAAUUUCCAAGAAGCGCAGAAAACCACCUGAUCUUCCUAAACAUGGAGUCGUCGAUGUGCCGGGUGUGCCUGAAGAGCUGCGAAAACAUGGUCAAUAUCUACGAAGAAACGCAGGGAGCAGAGGUUUCCAUUGCGACUAUAAUAUCUGACUGCACCGGCUUUACGAUAGAGCAAGGUGAUCAGUUUCCCGAAACCAUUUGCACUUGCUGCAUCCAGGAUGCGAAAAAUGCCUAUGAUGUAAAGAAAACAUACGAAAGGAGCCACCGAUUUUACUGCCUAUUGAGCAAGGGCUCGCUGGAAGCGGAUCUGCUCGAGGAAGAACUGUGCAAAGAAUCGGAUUGCGAGAGCGUGGCUUCGAGCAGGAAAGGAGGACCUCAUGAAAGACCAGCUAAGAACCAAAUAUUCAACUGUCUUGAUGAAGACUGGGACCCCGAUAACGACAACAGCUCGCAUAAGUGCUCUAAGUGUCCAAAGACCUUCAAGUCGGAACAGGUUCUAAAGCGACACCUUCGAACCCACUCAGAGAAACGGCCAUUCAAGUGCUCCCAGUGCUCAAAAGCGUUUAGAAUUAACUCACUUCUUCAAAGACACCUGCGAUCGCAUACCGGGGAACGAUUCUUCAAGUGCAUCGAGUGCCCGAAGGCUUUUACACAUAACUCAACUCUUAAGGAACAUAUGCGACUGCACACAGGGAAACUCAUAAAGUGUACCCACUGCUCGAAGGGGUUUGCCAGUAAUACGCGUCUCAAGCGACACUUACUGAUACACUCAGGAAUCCGAGCUUUUAAGUGCACCCAGUGCCCAAAGACUUUUCCGCAGAAUUGCCUGCUUCAAGAUCAUUUGCGUGUUCACACAGGCGAGAGGCCGUUUAAGUGUUCCCACUGCUCAGCGGAUUUUGCGCAGAAAUCAAUUCUUCGACUCCACAUGGUGGUGCACACAGGGGAACGACCGUUCAAGUGCACACAGUGCCUAUCAACGUUUUCCCUCAAGAAUCGACUUACGGAGCAUUUGCGAGUACACUCGGAAGAACGGCCAUUCCAGUGUACCCAUUGCCCGAAGGCUUUUAAACAUAACUCACACCUCAAGGAGCAUGUGCGAACGCACUUGGGAGACCGGCCGUUCAAGUGUUCCCACUGCUCAAAAUCUUUUAAGCUAAAGGCAAUUCUUAAAAAACAUCUGAUUAUGCACACAGGUGAACGACAAUUUAAAUGUACCCAAUGCUCAAAGACUUUUGCAGAGAACACGCUUCUUCAGAAACACAUUCGAUUACACACAGGGGUAAGACCGUUCAAGUGUGCCUACUGCUCAAAGGCGUUCACAAGCAGACCGAUUCUUUAUAGACACUUGCAAGUGCACUCCAACGCAAACCCGUUUAAGUGUACGCAGUGCUCCAAGAUGUUCCUAAGCAAGGCAAUUCUUCGGGGUCACCUGCGAGUCCACUCUGGAGAACGACCCUUUAAGUGUACCCAGUGUGGAAAAUCUUUUGUCAGGAAGUCACACCUUAAGGAACACUCAGCCGUACACACUGGAGAACGACCGUUCAAGUGCACCCACUGCUCAGAGGACUUUAGGUAUAAUUCACAUCUUCAGGAUCACUUGCGGGUGCAUACAGGAAAACUCCCAAAGUGUUCUCACUGUUCGAAAACAUUCGAAAACAGUUCAGCUCUGCAGGAACACUUGCGAACUCACACAAGAGAAAAGCCAUUUAAAUGUAAUCAGUGCCCGAAGACAUUUCCCACAAAUUUGGCUCUCCAGGCGCACUUUCGAGUCCACACCGGAGAAAGACCCUUCAAGUGUUCACAGUGCUUAGCCUGUUUUACGCAGGAGACGAGUCUUAAGCGGCACCUGCGGCGAACCCAUGUCCAAUAAUUUUGCUGAAUUGCAUUUGUUAUAUAUUUUGUUAUGGGCGAAAGAAGCCAAAUCAAUAAAUUGCUGUUGAUAUUUCUUAAA